CGACCGCACGUCCCGCGCGUCCGUCGCACAGCGCUCUCGCGUCCGAAGCGCGAGUCCCCGCGCGCGAACGACCGCGCGUCGUCCGAAGCGCGACCGCGCGCGAGAGGCUCGCUCUUCCCCGUCGUUCGCGGAAGGGAGGCUCGCGUCGGAGAGAAGAAAAUAAAAUCAGAGGCGGCGUCCGACCGACGAGCGGGAUGGCGAACGCGUCGUCCAUCGGGCUCCAGAACCCGGCGUUCUUCGUCGGGCGCGCGGAGCUCUUAGAUUGGGUCAACGGCCUCCUGAACCUGCGCCUGACGAAAGUCGAGCAGGUCGCGUCCGGGGCGGUGCACUGCCAGAUCCUCGACGCGUGCCACCCCGGCGUGGUGAACAUGUCCAAGGUGAACUUCGACGCGAAGAGCGAGUACGACAUGGUGAAUAACUACAAGACGCUUCAGACGGUGUUCGACAAGCUCAAGAUCACGCGGAUGAUCGAGGUGAGCAAGCUCGUGAAGGGAAGGCCGCUCGAUAACUUGGAGUUUCUGCAGUGGAUGAAGGCGUACUACGACACCGCGACCGGGGGCGUGAGGCCGGAGGAUUACGACGGCGAGGAGCGAAGGGCGUGCAGCAAGGGUGGGAAAAAAGCGAGCGGCGGCGGCGGCGGCGGCGGCGGCGCGAAGCCCGCCGCGUCGAGGCCCGCGGCGUCGAGGCCCGCGGCGUCGACCGCGUCGAAACCGGCGUCGACCGCGUCGAAACCGGCGUCGACCGCCUCCUCGACCGCGGCGGCGAACGCGGCCGCGGUCAAGGAGCUCACCGCGGAGUGCGCGGAGCUGAAACUCGCAGUGGAGCGCACGGAGCAAGAGCGCGAGUUUUACUUCGAGAAGCUCCAGGACAUCGAGUUUCUCUGCCAGCGCCCGGAGUUUGCGUCGCAGACGCUCGCGAAGGUGGUGGAAAAGAUUCUGUACUUCACGGAGGGGAAGCCGGACGUCGAGGCGAUCAUCGCGGAGUGCGGCGAAGAGGCCGCCGCCACCGCCGCCGCCGCCGCCGCGCCGUCCCCCGCGGAGCCUCUCUCGACGCCCGCGACGGAGGACGACCUCGACACCACGGUCGAGGCCGUCGUCGAGAACAUGGAAUCCCUGACGGUGGCGCCGGAGACGGAGACGGAGACGGAGACGUCGGAGGCAGCGGCGAGCGACGCGCCGACGGCGACGCUCUCGGACUCGCCGUUGUGCACGCAGCUCAGCGGGGAUCUCUCGGGGAGUGCCGAUCGAAGCCCGCUCGCGGAGGUGAACGCGUGA